CGGAUAUAGUGAAUGCGGGGUCCGGGGAGAGCGGAUAUGGUGAAUGCAGGGUCCGGGGAGAGCAGAUAUAGUGAAUGCAGGGUCCGGGGAGAGCGGAUAUAGUGAAUGCUGGGUCCAGGGAGACCGGAUAUAGUGAAUGCAGGGUCCGGGGAGAGCGGAUAUAGUGAAUGCAGGGUCCGGGGAGAGCGGAUAUAGUGAAUGCUGGGUCUGGGGAGAGCGGAUAUAGUGAAUGCUGGGUCUGGGGAGAGCGGAUAUAGUGAAUGCUGGGGUCCGGGGAGAGCGGAUAUAGUGAAUGCAGGGUCCGGGGAGAGCGGAUAUAGUGAAUGCAGGGUCCGGGGA